CACCCGGCUCGGCAAUUGCAAGGCACGUGUCUCUACAGAAGGAGAUUCGAAGAUACGUUUCGGUGCUCAACAGCACAAUCACAAACCACUAAAAUGCUGCUCCACGGAAAAAGGGCGGGCGGCGUAACUCGUUCAUGUACGAUCUGCCCUACGAAAUGAUCAACAAUCGCAAGGGCGGUUUGAACCUGCACUUCCGGGGAUACGUGUAUCGGUGGAAAACCAACUUCUCCCAGACGACAAACUGGCAGCAGAAACACCACCACCACCAUCUCCAACACAGGACGAUCAAGCGUUGUUGCAGCGGCAAGGUGUUUGGUUGGAGAAGCUACCAUACAGUGUGGUGGCAGACGCGUGUGGUAAUCGGAUGUACCUGCUUGGCUACACCUACCGGAAAGCGGCCAGCUUUCGGACCACAACCGAUUGGGUGUGUGUCUGCAAUGAGCUACAGCACGCCACCAACGGACGCUGUUUGGCACGGCUGGUACAGCGCAUGGAAGACGGUGCUUUGAAACUGAACCGACACCUGCACAACCAUGCACCAGAGGAGAAGAAAGUUAACGCAUAGGAGGUCCGAAAACAAUAUACACAAAUGAACUGAAUCUGUUGA